UCGGGCCGCGCGCUCGGUGUGCAGCUGCGCUUGUGUUUGUGUGAGAGACGAGGAAGCGAGUGGUAUAUGCUGAGUGACUGCAGUGCUAGUCAUGGACAUAAGGCCAAACCACACCAUCUAUAUAAACAAUUUAAAUGAUAAAAUUAAAAAGGAAGAACUGAAGCGAUCUCUUUAUGCCCUGUUCUCUCAGUUUGGGCAGAUCAUUGAUAUUGUUGCUCUAAAGACAAUGAAGAUGAGAGGGCAGGCGUUUGUGGUCUUUAAGGAGGUUGCCUCUUCUACAAAUGCACUCCGGCAAUUGCAGGGAUUCCCCUUUUAUAACAAGCCAAUGAGAAUUCAGUAUGCAAAGACUGACUCCGAGAUCAUUUUGAAAACACGAGCCAUGUUUGCUGAAAAGCAGAAAAAGAAAGAGAAGAACGCUCAACUGCAGGCAUCAGGCAUAACUAAAAGGCUAUCUGCACAGGGAUCCAUGACCAUAGAGUUAAAUCCUGUCCCAGCUCAGCCGGCUCUUGACAAUCCACCUAACUACAUUUUAUUCCUCAACAAUCUACCGGAAGAAACAAAUGAAAUUAUGCUCUCUAUGCUUUUCAGUCAAUUCCCUGGUUUUAAGGAGGUGAGACUGGUGCCAAGCAGGCAUGACAUUGCCUUUGUAGAGUUUGAGAAUGAGUGCCAGGCUGGAACAGCAAGGGAUGCUCUUCAGGGUUUCCGUAUAACUUCCAGCUGUGCAAUGAAGAUAACCUAUGCCAAAAAGUAACCCCGAAAAAGAAAGACAAGGCUGGAUGCUGUGAAUUUCCAUAUAAAAACCAGCGGAAGACAAGUGAAGGGUUAUUUUUUUCUGAGUUUUUUUUUCCUGCAGAAUAUAGAAAGUUGAGUUAUUGGGGAAACCUCAGAUGUUAGGAUGAAUGUCAAUUAGUUAUGAGUUUGUUUCAUUUUUAUAUUCUCUUUAUUUAGCAUUCAGCAAAUUCCAUGGAUUUUGACACAGUUGAUAUGCACCCUGAGCUUUCAGAAUUUUGACAAUAUUGAUGGUAAAUCCUAAGGUACAGUUACAACAAUGUCUAAAUUUUUCUAUUUUCAGUUACAUUUUUUAAGAUGUAGAAAAUGUGAAGUGUGUAUGUUUAAUGUUGAAGUGCCUGUCAACUUUUUUUUGAUUGAGUUCAGUUGCACUGAUCCACCUCUUGAGGGAACUAUUGUUCAGGAACUACCAUUGACCUACUUAUAGUUUUUGAAGAAUGGUUAGAGUGAAAAUAAAGGCUUUAUACUGUGUUUAUAGUCUUUUGCAGAAUCAAUACAAAACCAGUUCUGUAUGAGUAAUGGCAGAGGGAGGGCUUCUUGAAAUAUACCCAUUUGUGUUUA